AUGGCACAAAGUCUCUCGUCGGAAUGCACGCCUCUCAAGCAUGAAUACGACGCCUGCUUUAACGCGUGGUUCGAGGGCUACCUCGAGCCCGCCGUAUCGUCCGCCACCGCGCCGUCAGAGGAGCGCCAGGCGUACUCACGACGUAAGGCCGAGGAAUACGAGGCCAGCUGCGGGAAGAUUUGGGCCAGCUAUCGGGAGUGCGUGCAGAAAGCCGUGAAGGACCGUGGGUUGGAGGAGCUUUUAGCCCAGGCGAGGGAGGAGAACCCGCUCAAGGAGCCCCCG